AUGAUAUUUUAGAUUAUAGCGAUAAUCUUAAUAGCAAUCAUUUUGGCUGGAUUUGUUUAUUCUUGGAAUAAAGCAGGACCAAGAAGAAUUUAUAAUGUAGAUUUAACAGGCAAAAUUGCCAUAGUAACAGGAUCUUCUGCAGGUGUUGGUAAAGAGACAGCCAAAAAGUUGGCUUUUAGAGGUGCUACAGUUAUAUUUGCUUGUAGAAAUUAAUAAAAAACUCAAAUUAUUAUUGAUGAAAUAUAGAAGAUAAGCAAGAAUAAUAAUUUACAUUAUAUAAAUUUAGAUUUACCAAAUUUUGAUUCUGUAAGAUAAUUUGUUAAGGAAUUUAAAUAAAGAUUCAAUAAAUGUGAUUACUUAAUUAAUAAUGCUGGUAUCUUUAUAAUUAAUUAAUAAAAAAAUAAUUUGAAUCAAGAACUCACAUUUGCUACAAAUCAUUUGGGUCAUUUUCUUUUGACUAAUUUACUUUUAGAUUUAAUGAGUGAUAAAUCAAGAAUAAUUAAUGUAUCAAGUGGGGCUCAUGAGUUUUUGAAAAAAGUGCCUGAUUUUUAAAAAGCAAUAAAAGGUGAGUUAAGCCUUGGUAUGACUACUUAUUCAACUUCAAAAUUUGCAAAUAUUGUUUUUACUUAAGCUUUAUAAUAAAAAUUUGAUAAGGAAAAUAGAAGUAUUAAAGUUGUUUCAGUACAUCCUGGAUUUGUAAGAACUGAAAUCUAUCAUUCAAAAAAUGGAUCAAAUCCUUUUUUAAGUGCAAUUGCAAUAGUGGUAAUAGGACUUAUGUCUUAGUUUUCAUUAAAUGAAGAAGAAGGAUCAAGAACUACAGAAUAUACAAUUCUAUAGCCAUUUGAAGAAUUAGUACCAUCAGGAUAUUAUCAAAAAAAUUAAUUAUCAAAAUCUACAAAAUUAGUUAGGGAAUGUGGAUUAGAAACAAAUUUAUGGGAUUUAAGUGCUAAAGCAGUAGGAUUAUGA